CAUUUAAUGAUGCAAAGCCCAUAUAAUAAAAAAUACUAAGUGAUUUCUACCUCUACGUGAUUUAAUAACAAUUUUAAUUGAAUACUUACCUACAAUGCUGCGAUUAUUCGUUAGGAAUAUGUGCUCAGCAGGACAAGUAAAAAGACCGCCAAUUCAUGUUUUUGGGGUAGAAGGUCGAUAUGUGACGGCGUUGUACAGCGCAGCCAGCCAAAAGGGUCAACUAGAAGAAGUGGAUAAGCAUUUGAGGAUCCUCGAAAAGGAGCUCUCCAAGCCCAAGAUGAUUGAUUUUCUUGAAACUAGUGUGGUAUCGCGCGUUCAAAAAGCUAAAUUCCUGCAAGAGGCAGCUAAACAAGUUGGUAUGCCUGACACCGCAGCUAACUUCCUAGGGUUGGUUGCCGAAAACGGACGACUCAGAAAACUAAAGCGCAUGAUAACAAUGUUUCUGAUGGUCAUGGUCGCGCACAACAACAAGGCCCUCUGCGAGGUUAUCACCGCCAAGCCCCUCGAUGAUGGAUCCCGUCAGUCCCUCAUGGAUGCCCUUACGAAGUUCGUCAAGGGAGACAAGAAGAUCGAGCUCACGGAGAAGGUGGAUCCCUCUAUAAUAGGAGGGAUGAUAGUGGGUGUGGAGGACAAGCAUAUAGAUAUGAGCAUUUCUAGGAAAAUUCAGAUGUAUACCGAUAUACUGAAGCAAUCUGUCUAACUUUUGUUUCUAUGCCUGUGAAAAAACUGUACGUAAAUAAUUCUUGCUUAUACUUUUCGUCAUUAUAUUAUUACUACGUACUUAAAAACUGAAAUUUGUUAUAAUGCUGUCUCGACUGGGGAUCAAAUUGAAAAGUUUGUUGUCGGUAGUUAGGUGCCUAAAUUAUGUGAUCCUAUCUAUGUUGCAAAAUGGUGUUACAACCUACAUUUGUGUGCGAAUUAAGCGUUGAUUGAAAAAUAAUGCCUUAUUUUGUUAUUGUCA